AUUGUAUAGUCCUAGCGGACUUUUUAAACGUCUUGUGGAGCGCGCGAUUCUUUUCGUAUGGUCAUCUUUGUUGUGGAAUGUCUAUAAUUGUUCAUAUGUUUGGAUGGAUAUAUUGAUAUGUUUGUAAAUUGGACAGACGUAUUAACAUAUGCUUUUGCUUUGGCAUAUAACUGGCGGAUUCUAUAGACGUUCUGUGUCUAAACUAGUUAUUUCAUCUGUCAGCUUUAUUGUCAUUUGUUUUCUGUACUGAAUCGCAAGUUAAUUCACACGUCUUGCAUGUUUUUUUGCAAGAGAUUUUUUGUUCUCUCGAAUGCUUGGUUAGCUUCGUUUUAUCAAAUACCCUAAAAUCCCUUUUUUAAUCCGCUACUAUUUGGUCCUCAUAACACUGUCUACAUAUAUUGCUAUUGGUGAUUUCACUUGGUUCACGGAUUUUUAUUAAGCGAAAAAUGAAUGCGAGCCAGCACGGUCAACGUGACACUGAUUCUACUUGUGACGCACGGUCUGCUACCAGCGGAAGCUCCGUCUCAUCUCAAGAUUCUUCUAGAUUCUGUCAAAAUAAAGAUUCGGGAAACUUCUGUGUCUGUGCUGCUCCUGAUUGUGCUACGAAAAAAUUCACUCCCUACAGUAAAGCAUAUCCGAACUUCAAUAAAAUGACGUCGACUAUGAGUGACACACCAACAAUGAAUUUGCCGGACGAUUUACAGCAAUCAUCAAAGCCAAAGCUAGGCACUUAUGUCAUUGAAAGAACUAUCGGAAAAGGUAUUUUCUCAUCGGUCAAACUCGCUAGGCAUACAAUAACUGGGAUUUUCGUUGCAAUUAAAAUUAUUGACAAAUCCUGUCUUAGUCCCGAAAACCUGAAGAAAGUGUAUCGGGAGUCGGAUAUAUUGAAGGAACUUCACCAUUCAAAUGUUGUCAAACUUUACCAGGUAAAAUAUAUUUUUUUUAUUAUUUUGCGUGUAUCAGGUUAUGGAAACCCAAAGAUUGUUAUGUAUGGUAAUGGAGUAUGUUUCAAAUGGAGAAUUAUUUGACUACAUAGCUACGUAUGGACGAUUCUCUGAAGUUGAUGCGCGGGUGAAAUUUUUGGAUGUGCUCUCAGCUGUCGACUAUAUACACUCAUGUGGUAUAGUGCAUAGAGAUCUCAAGGCAGAAAAUAUAUUGUUAGAUUCAGAAAUGAAUAUUAAACUAGUAGAUUUCAGCUUUGGAACACAUUUUAAUUCACCUACUCAUCUGCUAAAUACCUGGUGUGGUAGUCCUCCAUACGCUGCACCGGAAAUAUUUUUAGGCGAGCCAUAUAUUGGCGUAAAAGCCGAUAUCUGGAGUCUUGGUGUAAUCCUUUAUGUAAUGGUUUGUGGUGCUCUUCCGUUUGACGCUCAGUCUCUUCCUCAUCUGAAAAAUCAAGUUCUUUCCGCCAGUUUCCGUGUUCCGUAUUGGCUUUCUAUGGCAUGUGAACAAGUAAUACGUAGUAUGCUGUCUAGAGAACCAAGUGAACGUCCAAAUACUAAGCGUAUUAGUCAAUUUCCAUGGUUCACAUCAUCAACAAUUCAUAGUAGCUGUUAUCGUGAAAAGAAUAUUGCAAAUGUUAUGUCUAAUUCAUUGGCCACAAUGCAUUUAAAUAAUCAACCGAAUAAUUUACAUAAACGACAAAUAUUAGCACCUAAUCCUCCUGGUAAUACGAAAAAUUCUAACAAAUCUACAGAGUGUGAUUUAAUUCAACCAAUGUUUAUUUUAAAACAUUGUUCGUGUGAUUGUACAUCGAAAUUUUCAUGGAGUAAAGAUGAUUUACAAAGUCCUGGACCAAAUUUAGCUGCUGAAAUGAGAGUCGGUAAGCUAAACGAAUUGGUUAUUAUGAUCAUGGAGUCGUACGGAAUGUGUCGUACACAAAUUCUCAAAUCACUUCUGCGUUGUGCCUACGAUCAUAUAACAGCUACUUAUCUCUUAUUGGGUGAAAAAUUACGCCUACACAACCUUAACAUUGACACAGCUAAUACACCUAUCACAGAUUCUGGAAUAAUUAUGCCCAAUUGUGAUCAUCCAAGAACAUCGUGUUAUUCAAUCAUGAAUCCAGAGAAUGAAAAUGUGUUACAUACAUCUCAUCCAAAAGAUGCAAUUGACAAUUCAGAUUCUGUUAUGAUACCGAAAUCCAUUCCCUCACCUCAACCAUCAUCAUCAUCACCUAUAUCAGUACCGCCUAUAUCCGAGACGGACUAUUCAAAUAUACCUUCAAGUUUACCUCCAGUGUUUCCCUUCUCUUCUAUUAAUCCAAUGAAUAUGGAUCUUCCGAUAUCUAGUUGUUCAUCGUCUGCAGAACGGUUAGAUGAGUCAACCAGUAAUCUUAAUCACUACCUCGACAAUGCUUCUGUUGAUAGUAGCUAUCAUAAGGAUAAUAGUUUACAGUCUAUUGAUAAAUUAGAAGAUAAUGAUGUAAAUAUCGACGAGUACAGCGUCGACUUGCCGUCUACUUCUGUGUAUAAUAAUCCUACUCCUCAAUUCAACGUACCUGUUACCGAGUUAAGAGUUGUUAGUCCGGUUGUUGGUAAUGGAACUACCGUUGCCUCUCCUGCUACUGGUGGAAGGCCACAACAUCGUGUUCUAGCUAGACGAAAAUAUGGUAUAUGCAGUCCUCCAGCUUGUUUGGAGGAAUUAACACAGGCUUUAAUCUCACAGCAACAACAACAUCAGCAACAAUCUUCUUCAAUGAACGACAGAGAUAUUACGGACGAUGAAAACUUCCAGUAAUAAUAAUAAUAAUCAACACAUUUAGAUCGUAGCUGUUUUUAUCGACUGAAAUAAUACGAAACAGUUUAGAACACAAAAGUAGAGAUAAAUUCUCUGUUCAUUGAUUAGAGAGUAAUGCACAGUCGUCUUAAACAGCAGAAACCUCAAGAUAUCCGCUAAUACCGAUGUCUUUCAUUCUUGUUCAACUGUUUAAAAAUAAUAUCACCUAUCGGCAAUUGAAUAAUAUAUCCUUCAUUGUUUCUAUUUCAUUAUUAUUAUUGCUGUUGUUAUUCACCCUAGUACUUGAUGACAAGUAUACACGUUUUUAAUAUAUGUAUUAGUAGUAAGUACAUCAUACAUAAUAUUAUAUAUACAUACACAGAGCACGCUUAUACAUUUUUUUCAUUUCAUUGUCUCGGUGUGGCUGGGAGAGACACUUAUCCCUCGUAUUCACAUCUACACUCAUUUUACUUUUCAGAAAAUUUUCUUCCCAAUUAUAAUACUACCAUUAUUUGGGGGGUAUGUUGUUUUACUUUUCAACUAUCUAUUCAUUAUUUUGACGUAAUUCUUCAUUUUUAAGUAAAUUUAGACGUACGUAUAUUGAAUCAAGAAGAUGUGUAGUAGUUAUAUAAUUAAUAUAUACAUCUCGAUGGAAAUAUCAAUUGUCAUAAAUAUCAUGUCCAUGUAUAUCUUGGUCUGUGUGUGUGUUUGUGGACGUGUGCACGCGCGACUGAGUACGUAACUGUUCAUAUAUUUGUGGUCUACCUACCCAUAAACAUUACUAUUAUUAUUAUCAUCCGACUUUACACCCUUUUAUUUAUCUUUUCUAAUAAUAAGUUUCCAGGCGUUAUUAUGUUAUCUGUAUAUACGAUGUGUGAGUGUGCGUAAGUGUGUGUACAUACGUGCUUUCUUAAUAAUAAGCAGAAUGGAACAUGCACAUUACAUUUCAUUUGAUUGCCCAUUUGAUUUGUUCUUUUAAUCCCUAAUGAUAUACUAGUAAUAAUAAUAAUAAUAAUAAUUGUGCCUAAGCUUUUCAUUCGAAUUUUUUCUUCCUGUCUCUUCUUCUCUUAUUUUUUAUGUCAUUUUAUCAAUUGAAAACUGUGAUUUAUUUAUUUAUUUAUUUAUUUAUUUAUUUAU